AUGAUAAAUACUGAUUUUAUUAAAGGUUUAUUAUUACCAGAGGGGAAACCACCUGCGACUUUGACGUCUUUAUUUGUUCUAGUGAUCUUUUUGAUAUUUAUGGUGAAUAUUGUAUAUCCAAUCAAUCUACUUUUAUCAUUGUCUCCAGGUUCGUUGUUCAGUCUUCAAUGUUACAGGUUACUGACUUAUCCUUUGGUUCAUUUAUCCUUAGCUCAUCUGCUAUUUAAUUCAAUGGCAAUGAUGAUACCAUUGAACAUAUUUGAAAUGACACAUGGAACUUUAUACACUUUAUUUACAUUGAUGUUCAGUUCCCUGGUUUGCGGGUUGGUUUACUGUUUAGUUGGAUCAGUAUUGUUUCCUAAUGUUGCUGUUGGUGGUGCAAGUGGAUUGAUCUUUAUGCUUAUUGCCUACUUCAGUUGGAAAGAGUCUACUGUUCACCCAAGAUACCAGUUGUUUUCUACUCAAUGGAGUAUUCCAACACAAUACUCACCAUUGUUUCUAUUACUUUUAAUAUCUAUUUUACUUCCAGGCUCAAGUUUCUGGGGUCAUUUGCUUGGAUUAUUAUUAGGUUAUGCAAUGGCAUGGAAAGAAACAUGGUUUGCAAAAUUUAUGCCACCAAGCUGGAUACUAAUCAAGUUAGACCAAUUGCUAUCGACAAUUAUCGAUUCCUUGCCAAGCUGGUUGAAAUACUACAAAGAAGAGGAAAUCCAAAGGCAAGAAGAAUACUCUUCUAUUUUUGAUUCGAUUAUGGAAACCCUACCAUUGUACAAUGAUGCAGAAACAACUACAAAUAAUAACAGUGGGAGUACCAACAAUUUCGUGGGUGAAGGAAGGGUUCUUGGUAGUUCAUGA